AUGGUACACUCUGGGAUAAUCCCCUACAAAGGACCAAAUCACCAGUAUCGAGUGCAGAUACCAAAACUUCCGACCGGAGUGGCUUAUUUUGUCCGUAUCAAAGUGCUCGGAGCUCACAACGAGAUUCUGGUGGAGACAGCGGAGAUCCGAGCCCGAAAUGAGAUUGUUUCGAUCAAAUGCGAAAAUGGUGCGAAUCGAAAGUCGAGUUAG